AGUCCUUUUGCGCAUUACGUCAUUGGGCACGCGUAACGGAAAAAUUUGAACCUAAUGGGUGUCGAGGAAUCUUGGCCAUUAGGCGAUUGUAUUACUUUAGAUGGUUUUGCAGAAUAUUUUAUGGCUAUUUGGUUCUUUGGCUCUUGGCGAAGCCUUGUUUUGUAGAUUUCGACACCUCUGUUGUCCUUUAUUAGUGGCGAAGCUGUGUAGGCUAUGAGCUGGAGCCGUGGAAGUCGCGAUUUUUGACUGAUUUGGAGCACCGAUGGCUGUCCAAAGACACAAUUGUACUUCUUGAACCAGUCGAGUGUCGUCGGUGGAAGAAUGGAGGACCUGUACUCUUUAGUCGAAGCAGACGUUCCCGGUGCUUCUCUGAGUGGUCGUAAGCCAAGGGAUCUGCACGUACCAGAGUUGAAAAGGUGGCUGGCGUGCCGUGGUGCGUCUCGUCGUGGAAAGCAUGCGGAGCUUGUGAAAAGGGUUGAAGACUAUGUCAAGGAAGGAUUGGACAAGAAAAUUAUCGAUCCAGACAAUGGUUCCAAUAUGGAGCGCAAGCGGCGCCGACUUGAGCAGGAUGGAGACUCAGGCAAGAUACCAGCCGUAAAUCUUGAUAGUUCUGUUACCUUUCCAGAGUCGGGUUGGCAGUGCAGCUUGAAACAGCUCCCAACAGUCAGCUUUGCCUCGUUGUACAACCACUUUAUCGAGAAGUCUGUACUGGUAGCAGCCAGGCAGUCCAUGGACGUUGCUGUAUCAACGUCUCCAGUUGAUGCCGAGUCAUCGUCUCGCGGAAGCGGCAGUCACAGUGACGUGUUCUCAUCGUUCAAAGGUGUAGAUAAGGGCUACAAGUUCUUCAAGGAUGGCCAUGUUCAGAAGAUUGAACUUGUGACUCAAGAGAAUUUUUCAUUUGUUCGAUGUAACGUGCUGCCAUCUAUGAGAAAAGAUGCGAUUUACAAGUGUAAGCUGUGCCUGCGUCCAGAUGGCAUGGUGAACCUUGCACUAUGCACAUGUACUGCUGGCUUGGGUGGUGUGUGCAACCAUAACUUAUUGCAGCCUUGCUCUAUGCACUUGAGGAGUAUGUGCGCAUUGGGCUACGUGAGGAAGUUGACGAUUCCCCAACGUCCCGGCUUUGCAGGUGGAACUGACCCAGGCCUAGGAACGUUGUUGCUCAGCCAAUUGUCAACGUCAGGCUGACAAAGGCUGCAUUUGGCUCCCAGCGUCAGUCUGAAAAGCGUUAACCCGUGUAUAACCCCAUCUCACCGAACAAGCGUCUCGUCAAGCCUUCAGAGUUGGCAAAGUUUCGUGAUGACCUGGUUGCAGCCCACGAUGAUGCCAUAUAUCCGGACAAACAAUGGCCAUGCUGCUGUGUCUGCGCUGUUCAUAUACUGUAUAUCAUAAUAAUACAUCACUCCGUAUCUGUCUUUUCAUGAAAUGUUAUCACGAUAGUGUGACUCCACCGAAUUAUCUGCAUGUAUUUUUUUAGUACUAGUAAAUGCUUGGCUAAAAUUCCCAAGCUCAGCUGCAGCUGUGUAUAGUAAUACAACUGUCUGAUGAGUGUUAUUUUCAAUCACGAAGUUCUGAGUAUCGAAAAAGAAAGACUUGCUUGUGU